AUGGCGACAAUUAUAUCAAUAGUUUUAACGUCUGUUUUUACGGCAGUCUCAAAUAGAAAUUUGACAUAUAAAGCAUGGGUGCCGUUCAACUAUUCAUAUCCUGCUUUAUACUUUCUUGUUUAUACUCACCAACUGAUAGGCAUGGCAACUUCCGGUAUAGUAAAUGUCGCUUGCGAGAGCGUCAUUUGUGGUCUUUUAUUACACAUCUGCUGCCAACUUGAAAUUUUGGAGUAUCGAUUGACAAAAAUGACGCAUGGUGAAGACGUUCUGCGUGAUUGUGUUUCUCAUCACAACCGUAUCUUUGAAUAUGCAUACACGGUAAAUGAUAUGUUUGCGAAAAUAAUUGGUCUCCAGUUUGCAGUGAGCAUGUUAGUGGUAUGUUCGAAUUUAUAUCGAAUAGCAAUGGCGACAGAUUAUGUGACAUUCAUUUCAUUGAUGAUGUAUACAGGUGCCAUAUUGACACAAAUUUUCAUCUAUUGUUGGUUUGGAAACGAAGUUAAAGCAAAAAGCCUUCAGUUGAAUAAUAUUUAUAAUAUACAAUGGCCGUCACUUAGCAAUAGCAGCAAAAAAGGUCUCUUAAUAGUCAUGAGACGCGCAAUGAAUCCUAUCGAAUUUAGUAGUGCGUACAUAAUCACGAUGAAUCUUGAAUCGUUUGUAGCAUUCAUGAACAUCAUACUGAACGUCGAUAAUUCUGACGAACUCACCGAUUCAUUAUACAUGAUGUUGACCGUAUUUAUCGCGGGUUAUAAAAAUAUUUGUUUGUGGAUAGAUCGUAAAAAUGUCAGAAUGCUAGUCAACGUUCUCCAUAAAAAACCUUUUGAACCAAAUGAAUUUCACGAAAUAACAGUUCGACAGCAAUUUGAUAAAAGGAUACAGAAUGUUGCGAUGCGGUAUUUAACCCUCGUAGGUUCAUCAGUUCUCGUAGUAACUGUAUCAUCUAUCUUCAUGGAUUUUUCAAAAGGAAACUUGACGUACAAAGCAUGGAUACCAUUCGAUUAUUCAACCCCAAUUGCAUUUACUUUCGUAUAUACUAACCAAAUGAUAGGCAUGUCAUGUUCCGGUUUAGUAAACGUCGCUUGCGAGAGCCUGGUUUGCGGAUUCUUGUUGCACAUAUGUUGUCAAUUCGAGAUACUGGAAUAUCGAUUGAAAAAUAUCAAUCAGAAUCAAAACAUUCUGCGCGAUUGUAUUAAUCAUCACAAUUAUAUAGUUAAAUAUGCGCAAACGAUAAAUGAUAAGUUUGCGAAAAUAAUUGCUGUUCAAUUCGCGGUGACCGUGAUGGUGGUGUGCUCAAAUUUAUAUCGAAUGGCUAUGACAACAGAGUAUAUGAAAUUUGUUCCAUUGAUAGUAUAUACAGGUUGCAUGUUGGCACAGAUUUUUAUCUAUUGUUGGUUUGGAAAUGAAGUCAAGUUGAAAAGCCUUCAGUUGGCGAAUAGUGUUUAUAAUAUGAAUUGGCUGAAACUUAGCAAUAGCAGCAAGAAGGGUCUACUAAUAAUUAUGAAACGUUCGACGAUUCCCAUUGAAUUUAGUAGCGCGUAUAUUAUCACGAUGAAUCUUGGAUCGUUCGUAGCCUUACUUAAGAUGUCAUAUUCGUCUUUUAACUUGCUGCAUCAAACAGAAGAACAAUAA